AUGGGUAUAAGUGUCUCUAAAAAUAUUGAAAAUAAAAAUGAUAAAAAAACAGAUGAAAAUAUUAAAAAUGAAAAACAAGAUAUUGUAACAGAAUUGAUACAUAAAAUGUAUCCAUGGAAAGAUAUAACAAUUGGAGCAAAUCCAAUAUUUCCAGAUAAUCAUGUUCAUCAUUUACGCCGUACACUGGAGUUAAAUGAAAAAACAUACCAAUCAUGGAUAAAUUCUAUAUCUGAUAGUGAACAAGAAGACAAAUCAUCAUUUAAUUUAACUAAAAAUAAAAAAACAAAAAAGAAAAUUGUCAAACCAAAAAUAAAAGUUAAAAGAAUAAAAAAUUAUAUUGAACCAAGUAAAAACUUAAUUGAUAAUAAAAGUUCUUCAAAUCAAUCUAAAAAAUUUUAUAACUCCCCCUAUAAACUACAACCUUUUACAUUUACAAGAGUGCCCACACCACAAUCAAAAUUUUUGAUAUCAAAAAAUUAUGAACAUUUAUAA